AUGAAAUUUGCCAGGCUUGAGAUCAAGAUUAUGGCUCAUGAUUAUGAUUGUCUUGCUGCAGUCAGUAUAUCAAGAGAGAGAGUUGAGAAGAAGAUAAGAAGAUUCCUGGGCCAAUUACAGGGUCUGAGUGAAGACAACAACAGCUCAUCUGCUUCAGAGAAGAUGAAGAAAGAUGAUUUUGAGAUUGUGAUAUUCUCUGAUAAGAAUGAUGAGGAGAAUAAUAAGAUGGAGGAUGAUUGA